UAACAAUGGGGGGUUCACGUCAUCUUCGCUGGACCGCCGGCACAACUCCGUGGCUGCCAAAAGUUUGGAGGCCCUGAAUAGCAUCCACAAGGUGGACAUUGAACGGCAGCGAGACGCCCUGAUGGACCUCCACAAAAACAAGUACUCCAACAGUGCUGGCGGUGCGUCGCAGGGCUCAGUUGCUGCACAGCGGCAGCAACAACCAAACUACUGGAGCUUCAAGACUAGGACACCACGUGCAACACGACUUAGCCCAACACAGCCUGCACUUGCUGAUCAGGCUAGCAGGGUUUCCUUUGCGUCAGCUGAAAAUCUGGAGACCAUGUCCGAACCAGAUAUUCCCCUUGGUUUUAACCGAAUGAACCGACUUCGUCAGAGUCUGCCGCUGGCCCGCUCAUCCAGCCAAGCCAAACUGCGGGCGCCAGGGAUCCUGUUCCUCCAGCUUGGGGAGGAGACCCGGAGGGUCCACUUGACCCAUGAGCUGACCAGUCUGGAUACCCUGAGGGCCUUAAUCGUGCACAUGUUCCCCCAGAGACUCACCAUGGCCAUGCUAAGGUCUCCCAGCACAGCUCUUCUAAUCAAAGACGAGACCCGCAAUGUCUUCUAUGAGCUGGAGGAUCCCCGGGAUGUUCAGGACCGCUGCGUAAUUAAGAUUUACUGCAAAGAGCCCAUUUACGGCACUUACCCUGGACACCACAACCCCCACAUGGCUAACGGAGACUUGCGAAGGGAGAUGGUGUAUGCACCGCAGGACUCGUCCCCCAACCGUCGCCUGAGCAACCCCCCAAUGUCAUCGCAGCACUCCUCCUCCUCAGCCUCCCCUCAAGGCUCACCGUCCCGCGCCCGUCUUCUCUACAGCAGCGCUGCCAGGCCUUCUUCCUAUGCAGGACCCCCCCACCACACCCACUCCCUGCCCCACCCUCACUCACAGUCCCAUCAUUCCUCUCCUCACCAGCAGCAACAGCUCCACCAGCUCCAUCACACCCAGCCAGCCUUCUGCACCUCGUCCAGCGCCAUCCUGGAGCGCAGGGACGUGAAGCCUGAUGAUGAGAUGGGGGGAUCCAGAAGUGUGGUGCUGCUGCGCGGAGAUGAUCGAGUGGGGGGCGGCAUCUAUGCAGAUCCGUACUCUCUGGGCCCGGACACAAGUCGGCUGAGUCUUGCAGGAGGUCCUCACUCCCCUCUGCCAGCCAGAGCCGACCAUUACAGCUCCUUAUACCGCCGGGGAGGGGGUGGUGGAGGGGGAGGUCCGGGAUCAGUCCGAUCCCUCACCUCCUAUUCUGCUGCUGCUUUACAAGGGGAGCUGAUGGAAAGUGGUGCUUUGUACCGGCCAGGAGGGCCGCUUUAUAACGAUGCCUACGCUGCUUCUAUGUUGGCCAUGGGGCUGCGGGUGCCACCCCCCUCCUCCCCGCAGAAGAUACCAGACAUGAGGGAUUCCUACGGAGGCACCAUGCCCACUCGCAGCUCCCCUGGGAGGCAGAGUUUGCGAAGGGACUCUGUGACCUCUUCUGUUUUUGGAGAGAGUCCAAAAGCCCGAGUCCAGGGUCAAGGGCUGGGUCUCACUGCAGAGCAACUGUGCCUGAUGCAGGGAGGGGACGGAGGGGUUGCUGGAGGCUUUGGUUCACCUUUGCUGGGAAAUGAGACGGAGACCAGGGAGCGUAUGGAGGUUAUGGAGAAGCAGAUAGCCAGUCUGACCGGGCUGCUGCAAAGAGUUCUGAGCAGAGCGCCUGAAGCUGAAAGCCCGGAGAAGAUCGAGUCAGCCAGUGACUGCUCAGGAACUGACACUCUGACACCAUCUGCUCCACUGGCCCUGAUGCCACCUCCAUCCUUGGGGCCCAACCAGCCAGUGGGGGUGUCCCGUCUGCAGAUGCAGUUCCAUCUACAAGGCCUACAGAAGAACACCAGCGCCCUGCGCAAACAGCUGUUGCAGCUGCGCAACAUGCAGCUGGAGAACCAGGACCUGGUUCUGUCCCUGCUGAGGCAGACUGAGACUGAGCUCAGCCUCAUGAUGCUGGACGCCAUGCGCACCCAGGAAGACCCGCUCCAAAGACAGCGGCUCCUGGUGGAGGAGGAGAGACUCAAGUACCUCAACCAGGAGGAGCUGCUCAUCCAGCAGUUGCAUGACCUGGAAAAGUCUAUAGAAGAGCUGCAGAGGAACUCGUCCGUCAACCAUGGACUGGUGACCGAGCAGGAUGUGGAGCAGAAAAGCAAAGAGCUGAGGAUCCUGGGAGAAACACUCACAGAGCUCAAAAACCAGUUCCCCAACCUGCAGAGUAAGAUGCGGGUGGUACUGAGGGUGGAGGUGGAGGCUGUUAAGUUCCUGAAAGAGGAGCCUCAUCGCCUGGAUGCGCUGCUGAAGCGCUGCAGCACCAUGACUGAUGCUCUCAGCACACUGCGCAGACAAGUCACUGAGGGUGGGUGGAAUGUCCCCGAAGAGCUCUCCAGCCAACCUCACAAGCGAUCUGAGGACCUCGGUCGCAGCUCUGACCUGGAUAUCCUGAACAGUCCUCCUCUCAGCCUCACUGACCUGAGUACCAGUGCUGGCCUGGCCAACUGGAAGCCCAUGUCAGCUGGAGACACAGAUGCUUCUGGCCCCGAGCAGGACAUCCAGUCAUCCCUGAGCUUCAGAAACAGAGUUCUGGAUGAGCUGCCAUGUCGGCGUCCUGCUGACAAGUCUGUGUCUGCUGAAGUCAGACUGGCAGCUGAGCGGGACUGGGAGGAGAAGCGUGCCAGUCUGACCCAAUUCAGUGCCCAGGACAUCAAUCGCCUCUUGGAAGAGACCCAGGCUGAGCUGAUGAAGGCCAUCCCAGACCUUGACUUCGCUGCCAAGCAUAUAAACAAGCCCGCAGUGCCCCCCAAGCCUCAGAUCACCAUCCCAAUAACCUCCACCACAGUCCCAACUCCUGCAGCUGGAACCACUGGGACCACAGCCACCAACGCCAUUACAACCAGCACACCCAUUGGGGACCAGCAGCCUGGAAAAGUUCAAAUGGCUGCCCAGAAGCUGAACAGUAUGGAGGGGGCUGCUUCGCAUCGAGGAUCGGUGGACAUCAGUGCAGCCAGGUACAGGACGGAGAAGCCCUCCAAGUCUCCUCCUCCACCACCCCCUCGCCGAAGCUUCCCAUCGGCACAUGGCCUCACCACCAACCGCACAGGGGACGUCAUCGUCACCAAGAAUCUGAAGAUGGAAGAAGAUGAUGACAUGCCUAAAACUCUGGUGAAGCUGCGGCGCACCCCCUCUGACGGCCCCCGACCCGCCUCAACCCCGCCAGUGAUCGCAGCAUCAGCUGUUCAAGACGAGGACAAUGAAGAGAAGAUCAUCGCUGAGCUAGACAACAACACUAAUUCUGCAGCACCAAUAAAGGGUCCGUCCGUCGCAGCCCGGCUUAAAAACCUUCAACAAGGCAGCCUGGAGAGACCCAAGACCCGCAAGCAGAAAGAGGACUACCCCAAAGUCCAGGGCCAGCAGGUAUUCCACUUCUAAACCCUCAACCUGAUGCUUGGCCUGCCUGUCCCACUGCUUCUCCUCUCUGGUGUCACUUCAGAGGAAGCCCCCCCUCUCUGCAGCUUGUGGGGGUCCUCCCAGCAGACACUUUGAGGGAUCUCCCUGCAGAAACCCUGAUUUCUACUAGUUCUUGAUGUGUGUUUUAACAUUUGACUUACUGGAUCUAACCUUGCUUGCUUAGAGAUCACGUUUUUGUCGUACAAGUCUGUUAAUGUUUUGAUUUUCGAAGGAAGGUUUUGGUGGUGCUUAAGGAUAAUUAAACUAGCUUUAUCAUAAUAGUUAGAAGAUGACUUUUGCCUCUGCUGUGUUACAUAAUCUUCAGUAAAGUCAGGGGAUUAAUUCCUAUUUUAAGGUCAAACCGAAGAUGAUCCAAUCUUGAGCUCUCUCAACAGUCCCCUCCUCCUCAUCUCCUUGUCUGUUCACCCGUUAACCUCAUCAUGCUGCUGUUUUACCAUCCUGCAGAACUCACACAGUUUUCCAGUAUCUGUUGAGUCCAUGUUCAUCACUCUGAAAGGUUCACAUUCCAGCCAAGGGGCCAGUCUAUUAAGCCAGCUAAUUGCCUUUCAGCAGUUAUAAUGCUGCAACGUAUUAUGCAAGCUGAUGAGAGUGAGCACAAAGUGGAAGGUUACAUGAAAAUGAGUUUGUGGAUAAAUCAUGAGGACAAAUUACAAGGGGAUACAGAGAGAAGCGGGAGAAAAGUGCUAAAAGAAGCAAUGAAAGGGAGCAAGGAUGGAUUCUGGGGCUGCGUCCAUACUUGUGCAGCUGUAAAACACGUGGAUGGACAUCUCUCUAAUGUGGACAGACAAAAUCAAGAGCCUUAAAAAAACAAUGAGAUCAGCUUCCCUGAUUUGCCAUGCUCAUGUGUUAUCAGAAGAAGAAGAAGAUAAAAAACAAGCCUUAAUGAGAGUGUGAACAGUGACAGAGAGACACUGUUGACGUUGUUUUCCUCAGUAUCAGCUGUUAUGCAGCUAUAUUAUGCAUUUAAUAAUACCGCAGCUGCUUACAUGUGCAGAAGGUAAUCAAUUAUAGUCUUCAACAAAGAUCAUUUCCACUUGAGCAGAGAUUAGAUUGUGGUACGUAUUCAUGGUGUUGUGGUGAGGACAUCUUUUCCAACACAGUUCAAAUGCUAAAAAGGUGCAAACUGAGUAAAAACACUAAUUAAGAUUUGUUCCUGGCAGAAGAGGAAGACGGCAGGAUGUGUCCAAGUCGAGCACUUCCCUUAAUUCAAAGAGCUUUACACACUUACAAUACUUAUAAUACACAAUAAACCUUAAUCAAGACCACUUACUUUACCUGUCACUCAUAAAUAAUCCACCUGAAAUGUACAGUCACAGUUUUGCUGCUGGAUUUGCUAAAAUUCUUACACUGUGUCAUAUGUGAUAGCACAGUGUUGAAAAUAUCCGAGCAGAGCUAUUGAAAGGCCUGAUAAACAUUGAUAAAACUCCAGCAUGCGGCUGGUGUGAAGAGCAUCGGCGUGAACAGGGUUAAACUCUGUCCAGCCCUGCAGCACCAACGUUAGCAUGUGGAGCUCCACUCGUCUUAUCGGCUGGUGCAGACACUCAGAGCUGCCCCUGAAAAUAAAAACAGAUCCUGCUGGUCCUGCUGAGCCCGACUGCCCCCCUCUUCCUCCUCUCUCCAACCCCAAAUCAUCCUUGCCGUUUUUAACACGCAGCCGGAGCCACUUCAGGGCUGAGUUUUGAUUGGACAAACUUCCCAGUGAGAUGUGGAUCUAUUGCUUUUUGGAGCUCAUCCACAGAAGCACAGCAGUUUUUAAGAGAGGACAACAUCUUUGACAUUUUGAUUAACAUCGCUACCCUCCAGUUAACAUGUGGAGCUAUGAGGGAAACCUCACUCUUCCCUUAACAGAGAAACUGAUAUUUUUUUUUUUAAACGCAAUAUUGUACCAGCACCACUGAAGAGCAAAUAUAUUUUUCUUUCACAUGGAAUGAACUCCUGACUUGAGCUUAAGGUUGACAUAAAUGUUUUUAAUGGUACAAACAUUCAUUUCUGAAUGGUACAAACUGUCACAUUUAUUGUUUUUAAAACAAAACAUCUCAUUGGUACAUUCGGAGUUAUACUUUGUGGGUUAGUCCAUUUAUGAAUAUUGGUAGAAACAGUUUUGCUUUUUUUCUUGUCGUUACUGAUAGGAAGCAAAACAAAACUACCACUGUAGUCGCUGUUAUCUUAUUUUAUGUAUUAAUUUAUUCAUUUUUUCAUUAUCUUCUUGUCAUGGGCAAAUAAUACAAGAUGCAUUAUGCAGAGUGUUUCUGUAUGUUUAAUUACAGAAUCCAAUAAAAGCACCGUUUUGAAUAAACUGCAAACAACCAAAUAGAAAUGAAACCCAAAUCCAGACAUUUUGUGCACAAUGGCUGGGUUCUGUGUUGUUGUUGCUCUGAUCGGCGGAGGACUUCUCUGCUGAACUCCAAACUAACUUGUUUCUUUUGUAUCUAAGAGGAAUUAAUCCAUAUUAAUGGACAUGUAGGUUAAACCUAAAGACUAGCUCAACAGGUCUGUUUUGCUGGUGCUAUAAAGUAAUAACGAAGAAGAAAAAAAGAGCAACAACACAGCAACAAAUUGUCGAGCUUGUACCAUUUGUUUUUUCCUAUGAACAACUUGUGUUUCCUGCAUGGUCUCGUAUCAUUUUCUGUGUCACUUAAAGUGAGUUUUGUGACAAAGUUAAGAGAGAAGAUAGACAUGUGGUGACCAGUUCGUGGCCAGAUUGUGGCCCUUGUUGUGUUUAAAUGGUGCUUUGAUGAUUUUUAACAGUAUUUUGA